GGCACCUCCGCUUACAGCCAUACUGGUCUUUGUAUUUUUCUUUCGUUGUGGUGAUUUUGAAAAAAAGAAAAAAAGAAUACAAUGGUAGUAAAAGUGUAUGGCCCGGUCCGAGCAGCGUGCCCUCAAAGGGUAAUGGCUUGCCUUUUUGAGAAAGGUGUGGAAUUCGUUGUUGUAGAAGUCGAUUUGCAGGCCGGGGAGCACAAAAAACCCAAUUUCCUUGAGAGACAGCCCUUCGGACAAGUUCCGGCUGUGGAGGACGGAGAUUUCAGACUUUUCGAAUCGAGGGCGAUCAUCAGAUACUAUGCAGCCAAGUACGUGGAUCAGGGACCGAAUCUACUGGGGACCACUCUGGAGGAGCGUGGCCUAGUGGACCAAUGGCUCGAAGUUGAAGCACACAACUACAACGAUUUGGUGUACAACAUCGUGCUCCAGCUUUGCGUCCUCCCACAGAUGGGCCAACCAAGUGACAUGUUCUUGGUCAAGAGCUGCGAGAACAAGCUCGGGAAAGUGCUCGACAUCUACGAGCGGCGCCUCACCGAGGGAAAGUACCUGGCUGGGGACUACUUCACCCUGGCUGAUCUGAGCCACCUACCAGGCACAAGGUACCUGAUGAAUGAAGCUGGAAUGGGCUAUCUUGUGAGGGAAAGGAAGAAUGUGAAUGCAUGGUGGGAGGACAUCUCAAGUAGGCCUGCUUGGAAGAAAGUAUUAAAGCUUAUGGUGUAAUUCAUCUUCAAGGCCCUUUUUUUUUCUCUCAGUUUCUUAUAGCUUUUCUAUAUAUUUGUAUAAGUACGAUGUGAGCUUGAAAUAACUAAAUCUUCGAAGAAGGAUGAGUGGAAACUGUAUGGUGUGCUGUUAGAGAAAUAAGAAAACUAGAAGUUAUAGUAGUGCUCUUGGCUGCAUAA